AGAUAACAAGAGAUUUAAAGACACUAAGAUAUUAAACAUGUUUGGAUUACACGACAGAUUUUUUAACGAUUUUUACAAUGUUCCAUUCUUCUCCAGAAGCAGAAGUGCCCUUCCAGGUAUAAGUGGAAGCAGUUUGAUUCCAAGAAGAGAGUUUGAUAGCUUCAUCAAUGAGCCUUUGGUGUUCAGAGAGAAUUUCUUCAAUGUGGAAAACGAUGUCAAGUUGAAGGAGGAACCCGAUAAGUAUCUCAUUGGAUUUAAGGAUGACAAGAUCAACGAGAAGGAAUUGAAAGUGGACUUCUUAAAGAAGGAAAAUGAAUUGAAGAUUUCGAUUUCUCAGAAGUCCGAGUCCAAAGAGGGUGAAGAAGGUCCACAAAGCUACUAUUCCAGCAGCUAUCAGAGCAGCAUCAGGUUCGAUAAACCUGUCAAAUUUGAAGAGAUCGAAGCUGAUGUCAAGGACGGUCAAGUAUCGAUUGUGAUUCCCAAAGUGGAAGCUGACCCUGUACCUGCUGAAAACGUUGUGAAUGUGGCUAUCAAGGGUAUUGAACCUCAGGCUCCCCCUGCUACUAUUGAGGGUUCCAAAUAAAAAUAGGUGUAGGUUUAUAGUUGAUGAAUAAAUGAACAAAUUG